CGCUAUACCGUCGCACGCGAUCAUUACAUUUCCCUAAGACCCAGCCAGCACACGUCUUGCUGAUAUUAGCAAAAAGUUUCAAUGUAAUUGAUUUUUUAUCUGUGAACAUUCAAAAUGAGAACGAAACCGAAUUUGUCGUUUUCGAAAUUGGACGAGGAGACUGGAGCUAUGUUGGAUAACAUGUUUGAUAAGAAGGACUGUAUGGUAGAGAUAAAUCCUGGUCGAGUUAUAUUGCCUGCGGAUUAUAUGACGAUAGGCCAGGAUAUUUUGGACAUGGAGGUUCUGGAAAGCGAUGUCUGGAUGUGUUCUUACCCUCGAACUGGUUCUACUUGGGCACAAGAAAUGGUUUGGUUGAUUGGUCACGAUUUGGACUAUGAGGGUGCGAAAUCAAUACAGCAGAUCCGAUGUCCCCUGGUAGAACUCAGCUGUAUCAUGGUAGAUGGUCACGCGGAGUGGCACGACGAAUCUGUCAAAGGCACCUCCGUGGACCUCGUGAAGUAUCGCCUUCCGCAUCCGCGUUACAUCCGCAGUCACCUACCCUGGGACCUGCUACCUAUUGAUAUCGUGAAAGAAGAUGGAUCUGCUAAACCGAAGGUAAUAUACACGUCUCGUAAUCCAAAAGACAUGGUCGUAUCUUACUACCAUUACUGUACCCUGGUGCACGGUCUGAAGGGCAGCUUCGAAGACUUUUGCGACUUGUUCAUGAGAGACCGCGCGCCUUUUGGACCAGUUUGGAAUCAUAUACUAGGGUUUUGGAAGAGGCGCCACGACCCAAAUAUACUGUUCAUCAAGUUCGAAGAAAUGAAACGCGACUUGCCCAUGGUGGUUCGAAAGACAGCGAAAUUUCUCAACAAGGCAAUGUCAGACGAACAGGUCGAUAAACUUUGCGAUCAUUUAUCUUUCCAAAACAUGAAGCAAAACCGAGCGGUCAAUUUAGAGGGAAUUCUCGAGAAGUCCUUCGGGAAAAGUUACUUGGAGCAAACUGAUUUGAGAUUUAUAAGAAAAGGCGAAAUAGGUGACUGGAAGAACUUCAUGUCUGACGACCUUUCUCGAAGAUUCGAUGAUUGGGCUGAACAACACUUGAAGGGCACUGAAUUGAGUUUUGAAUAAUGAGUUAUUAUAUUGCUAUGCACUGGUAUGUUUUAUUAUUGUAAAUCGUAAUUUAUUCUUAGAAUACGAAACCAUA